AUUAACUUUCCAUUCACUCAAGGACUAGUCUGGUCAUGAUAAAAGACCAGAACGAACAGUUUGCUCUUUUCAAUUCAACUCUUUCCCACCACCGUUAAGCGUAGACUUGAAGUUUUCAAACGACAUAUGAUCGAGCUCUCCCUCCGUUCCUCAGAUUUUCUCGCCGAUUUUUUCUCUCACUUUUCCGGCAUUCUUCCGAGGAGAUUUCCAAGGAUCAGUGCGAGUAUCUUAUGUCAAAUGCCUUAUGAGCGACUUCUGCGGUAGAUUUAUCAACUCCAGAGUACUCAAGCGGUCAAUUUUCAGGCCACAAGAACUUGGUUGCAUGACCUGGUACUUGAUAUCAGAUGAGAACAGACUGAGAAUGAAAAUAUCUGAAGCAUUUACUUCCAAGAAGUGAAAUCCUUACAUAUAUGCAUCUUCUGAUCAGGUUCAAAGCUAUUGAUGUAUUUGUGCCCAGUAGAAUGAAAAAAUGGUUGGGUGGUGUUUUAGUUGCAUCAUUGUUUAUGCUGCUGAUCCUGAGAUAUGGUAUUAUGAAAAAUCCUAUUGGGGAGAGUUAUUUGACAAGUCCGUUCUCCUCCAAUACCAGUAAUCCUCUUGAAUGGCUGAAUGCUGUAGUUCCACCUGCAGUUCAAAAUCCGGAGAAUGCUUCUAAAGUGGUUUCCACUGACACCAUAGUCUUAGCUCUCUUUGCUCAGAGGAAUACGUCCAAUGAAGAGCAAAAAAGUCUGCAGACAUGGAAACAUUUGAAUCACUUGAUUAAUCACGCUCAGGGUUUACCUAAUACAGUGGAUGCUAUUAAGGAAGCUGGAGGUGCAUGGAAUAGCCUUAUGCAUUCAGUUGACGAGCAAAGACUUCAGUGUGCAAAUGAAAGUUCACACGGGAAAGCAAAAGAGAAACAGUGCCCUCAUUUUCUUGAUAAAGUGAAUGCCACAGAACUUGAUAAUAGGGGAUAUAAGUUGAGGGUUCCCUGUGGCCUGACUCAGGGUUCUGCCAUUACAAUUAUAGGAAUUCCAAAUGGUCUUCUUGGUAAUUUCCGUAUCGACUUAACUGGGGAACAGCUUCCAGGGGAGCCUGAUCCGCCCAUCAUCUUGCAUUACAAUGUAAGGCUUCAUGGUGAUAAGAUAACUGAGGACUCUGUCAUUGUCCAAAACACCUGGACUGUUGCUCAUGAUUGGGGUGAAGAGGAGCGUUGUCCAUCCCCUGCGCCUGAAAAAAUAAAAAAGGUGGAUGAGUUGGACCAGUGCAACAAGAUGUUAGGGAAACAUGAUAACCAGUUCCUCCUUGGUAGCACGCAUUCCAACAAGUCAAGGUGGUCUUCAGCGGUGCAAGAAGGAUCUAAGACCAGAAAAUACUUCCCUUUUAAGCAAAAUUAUCCAUUUGUUGCAACACUUAGAGUGGGUUCAGAGGGGCUCCAGAUGACAGUUGAUGGAAAGCACAUAACAUCCUUUGCUUUCCGUGAAACUUUGGAGCCUUGGCUUGCUAGUGAAAUAAGAAUUUCUGGUGACCUAAAGUUAAUUUCUGUCCUCGCCAGUGGUUUACCUACAUCAGAGGAUUCCGAGCAUAUAAUUGAUUUGGAAGCACUCAAAUCAGUUCCUCUCUCUCCUCGAAGACCACUGGAUCUUUUCAUCGGCGUUUUCUCUACUGCAAACAAUUUUAAGCGCAGGAUGGCUGUUCGAAGGACAUGGAUGCAGUAUCCUGCAGUGCGGUCAGGGACGGUUGCAGUGCGAUUUUUUGUCGGUUUGCAUAAAAACCAAAUAGUGAAUGAGGAACUAUGGAAUGAGGCAGAGACAUAUGGAGACAUACAGUUGAUGCCUUUUGUUGACUACUACAGCCUCAUCACCUGGAAAACUUUAGCAAUCUGCAUUUUUGGGACGGAGGUUGUUUCAGCAAGGUUUGUCAUGAAGACAGAUGACGAUGCAUUCGUUCGUGUGGAUGAAGUGCUAGCUUCUCUAAAUAGGAUCAAUGUGGCUCAUGGAUUGCUUUUUGGGCUCAUAAAUUCAGAUUCCCGACCACAUAGAAAUCCUGAUAGCAAGUGGUACAUCAGUCCUGAGGAAUGGCCUGAAGAUCGUUAUCCCCCUUGGGCGCAUGGCCCUGGCUAUGUGGUAUCAUAUGACAUUGCAAAGGAAAUUUACAGGAGAUACAAAGAAGGAAAUUUAAAGAUGUUUAAGCUAGAAGAUGUUGCAAUGGGCAUCUGGAUUGCGGAUAUGAAGGGCAAUUUGAAAGUUCGGUAUGAGAAAGAACAGAGGAUCUAUAAUGAGGGGUGCAAGGAUGGUUACGUUGUUGCACAUUACCAAGGUCCCAGGGAGAUGCUCUGUUUGUGGCAGAAACUUCAAGAAGGAACCGGUGCCAGGUGCUGUGGGGAUCGAUAAGCAUAAUUAGUUUUACUUGAAGCCAGAUGAUUAGUGGAGACUAAAAAUCUUGCUGCCGACUUUUGUUCGGAUUUAACUGACCAGGGUUGCGGGAGACCCAAAGAGAGAACGAAAUGAGAAGAAUUUUUUUUCUUCUUCCAAUUUUUAAAUUAAAACGAGAUGGGGAAUUUUUUUUUUUUUUUUUGAGGGGGGUGGGGGUGUUACCAGUGUUGUAUAAUUAGAAAUAUAUCUAGCAUAGUUCAGAGUUCAUAGAGAUGAGCACUUCAGAAGGGACUGCAGAGAGAGAGAGAGAGAGAACCUUGUACAGAUUCCACUCGGUGUUAGGUUGUCAUAUAUACUACCACUCUAUAAUCUUGCUCACAUUUCUAUAUACUGUUCCUUAUACCUUAA